AUGACAUUUUCAGUUCAAACCCGUACGGUCGCCGGCGUCACUUUGAUUGACAGCACGCUCGUGCGAACCGCCCUGGAAUUCGCCCGAGCUCAUCUUGACGCAAUGUCCUUCAACCACAUCCAUCGCUCGUGGAUAUUCGGCGCCAUCAUAGCCUCCAAGCUGCCCGCUUUUGCCAAAAUUGACAUGGAGGUGCAUGCCGUGUCAGCGAUUCUCCAUGACCUUGCGUGGGAUUACACUAGUGUCUUCUCAUCGCAAGAUAAACGCUUCGAAGUCGAUGGCGCCCAUGCCGCGCGCGACUUUCUGCAGCAUGAAGCACCACACUACGAUCACCGCCGGCUCCAGCUGGUUUGGGACAGCAUUGCCCUACACACAACCCCGAGUAUCGCCCAACACAAGGAGCCAGAGGUUGCCCUUUGUUGUAUGGGGAUCAUGGCUGAAUUCUUCGGUCCCGCAUUCCCUGGCGGCCUCAUCACCAAGGAUGAAUAUAAUGCCGUGAUUCAAGAGCUGCCGUCACUGGACUUCAAGGAGGGGGUGAAGAAGUUCAUGUGUGGAUUGUGUAUUCACAAGCCCGAAACUACCUACGAUACAUUCAUGCGGGAUUUCGGGGAGCGUUUUGUCGAGGGAUAUCCGGCAUCGGCUGGAAAUACUGUUGAUCUGCUCAUGAAUCCGAUAGACCACUGA